AUGGCAUAUCAUGAUUCAGAUAUUCCAUCUCCAAAGACUCACCUGCAUACAUUAUUGCCUGGUAUUCCAGAUUCCAUUAUGGAUGUUAGAGCCACAAUCUCUGAAGAUCAUCUGAUGAAUGCUACUCACAUUAUCUUCGAUUACAUUAAUCAACUCUGUACAUUGGCAUCCCUGCAUGAUCAUGCUUCGUCUCAGACCCUUAAAUCUCUUUUGGAGACUGCCAAAACAAUUCAGAUUUUCAAGACUGGUGGUAAUUGUCCAUGGAAUCAUUAUGAACGAAGAACUUCUGACUCUUCCGAAUGGAGUGUUUACGAUGAGAUCAUGGUUUGCGUGGUUUCUGAAUGUCUUUUAGCUAAUCAAAUCACUUUUGGCACUCUCUCAAAACAACGAAGAGCCGAAAUGACUGAUGAUAAAUGGAAGAAGUCCCACAAUCUUCUCAAAUUAUCUUUCACUUUACUGAACAGUUUUCGUCCAUUAGUGGAAGACACUCCUGCAGCAAGCCAUAAGGUUCACAUUAACUACGCAUAUCACAGUAAUACCAUUCUCACUCAGUUUAUCGUUAUCAUGAAGAAUUUGUAUCAAACUUCUGAUCAGGUUGACUCGCAAUUUGGUGUAUUUGAUAAGUUGCCCAGCAAUGUUGGUACUUACAGAAAGAUCAUCAUCUUCAUCUAUAAUGAAUAUUCCGUUCUUGGAAGCAUUGGACAGACUUCAUACUUGACCUAUAUUCAUUUCCUGGAAAUUAUCUACUGUUACUACUCUGCCGUCAUGUAUUAUAAGAAUAAUGAGCUUGGAAUCGCCUUAGGUCUGGUACAAUACGGACUUUUAAAUGCUGUCGAGAACAACCCCAUUAAAAGCAAGCUCAAAAUAUGGAAGAAGAAAAAUCAAGUCAAUACAAAAGGAAAAUUAAAAGAGGGUAAACUAUUGGACGAUAAAGUGCAUCUUUCCAGGCAGUUCACAAAGGACUUCCCACCUUUAUAUCAGAGUAUCCUUGUCGUGGUAUCGAGAUUACUGGAAAUCCUCUAUUUCAAGUUCAGUAAGAUGAAUGAGAUAAUCAGUUUCAGUCAUAUAGUGGAGCCCUCUGAAAUUCAGGCUAAGUAUCUUUUCAAAUCUAGUGACCUACCUGCAGGUUUACAAGUACCACCAUCCGGUGUGGAUAGUUUCAUCCCUGAUUGCAUUCAAACGGAGGGUUCAUCUUCAGCUCUGCCCGCAAGAAACUAUUUUUAG